AUGGGCCCCUGUACCGCCUCCUCAUGCUGCUGCCAGGCCCCUAAUCUGCCAUGGGCCCCCGUACCGACUCCUCAUGCUGCUGCCAUGCCCGUAAUCUGUCAUGGGCCCCUGUACCGCCUCCUCAUGCUGCUGCCAGGUCCAGAGUGUGUCAUGGGUCCCUGUACGGCCUCCCAUUGCUGCUGUCUCCAUCGCCACACUCUGCCAUGUGCCACUUUCAGGUCUCCUCACACUGCUGGUGGUUUCCAUUUUUGUCAUAGGGUGCUGUAUGGCCUCCCAUUGCUGCUGCCUCCACCGCCACACUGUGGCUCCACACUCUGGUUUUGGCCCCGUGACUGCCCAAAUGAGUGAAGUGUGCGGUGAUUCUAAGAUCGACGGCACUCAUCUGCAUGUCAUACUGACUGUCAGUAUUAUUUCUCUUCCCCAGCAGACUCCAAGGGCAUUUAAAUUAAAGGUACAGUGUUCUGCACUAAUAUAA